CAACUAGCCUUCUGAGAUCGAAACUCGUGUACUGGAUAUUUUCAAAAGGUCCUUCCUUUUGUCUCUGGAAUCCCCCGGUCAAUCCUUCCCGGUGACUACGCUAGGAACUACCUGCAGCUUUACUGUUGUCCACUCUGACUCUGGCGAACUGCGGGAUUCGGUACCGUCUGCAAUUUAUGAUGAAGACCUUUAAGGGGACCACCCAUAAUCACUCAUCUGACCUGUCUUUACUGCGGGUACUGUCAUGAGACUGCCUGCAUAUAAGACGUUGUUGUACAUGUCCAGCCACGCCCGCCGUCGCAGUACCAAUUGGGACAGCAAUAUAGCUUGUUCAGGAUCUCGGAUCAUGGCUAACAUGAGUACUUUCUUCCGCCUCCGUCCCUUUCCAAGCUGCAGAAUAUACCUCUUACAUUCUGCUAGAAUCGUACAGGUGCAUUGCCUGUAUUUUACUGACAUGUAGGAACAGUGGGGACCUGCCAAGCAUUAUGACGAUCCCUGGCAGAAGUUGUGCUCUAAACACGGUGUGCCAUACUCACGGUCGCCAGAAAAAGCCUCUUCUCGGCCGUUGGAGCCUCCGACUAUUGCCUGGCGCUCACUUCCAAGUGCAUCUACAUUCUUGGCUGGGUUCUCGUUGGAGUUCUCUGCUAUUGCCUUCCAUCACGAGAACGUUGGCCGACGACCCAUCGGAGGGCUUUCAUCGAACCGAACGUCAUACACGGAUCUUGUCCCCGCUAGCACUAUAGACACCGCUUUGGCUUCGACCUGUAGUCAGACACCUUAUAAAGACCUUGUAUCCAAUGCUCCAGACAUAAUCCGUUCACACGAUCUUUUAACACACACGUCACCAUUCAAUCAGUAUUAACUCUCUUCACAUCCUCCAAUCAUGACCUACUACGCAGGCUCAAUACCAAAUUAUAUGCCACCGGUCCAGGUUGUCUCCGGAAUGCCUGCUCAGAACAUAGCAUACUCACAGGGGACUCCAGUAGUCGUUCAAAGUGGCUUACCAGGUCAACCAAUGACUGCUGGGUAUGGUGUUACACAAUCACCAAUGGUCGUUCAGAGCGGUAACCUCCCUGUCUCGACUUACAAUACGACGCCCGGUUAUGGCAUGAAUGCAUACCCAUACCAAGGUACUGCUGGCCCAUCGAUAACCGUUGUCCAGCCCCAACCUUCAUACGCUCCCUCUCAGUACGGCUAUGGCGGGUACGGUGGUUAUAGUGGGUAUGGCGGAUAUGGCCGACUGUCAUAUUCAAGUUCAUACUAUCCCCAACGACCGUGGACUAGCGCUGUGCCUGUUAGUGGCUCUCGCGACAUAAUCAUUGAACGACCACACCGACAUCAUCAUCAUCCUCAUCACCACCACCAUCGAAGAGCUCGAAGUUUGGAUGGGUAUGGGCGCCGUAGUCCAUAUUAUGAUAGUUACUGAAUCAGAGAAGUCAACCGACCGG